UAAAUAUAAUAACAGUAUAUUAUGUCCCAAAUCCCAAGCAAGGAGUGAACUUCGGAGGGAGAAGACCUGAAGCAAACUUCUUCUACUUGCGUAACAAGCACUCAACCACGGAAAACAUAAAAUGAUAGAAGAAGGCUUGUCAACUUGCAAGGCCAAAUUUCAGAAGUUGAAUAAUAAAGUGAAUGUGGAUGGACACAAGGAUUGGAUAGGCAAUUUACCUAACGAAAUCAUUCAACACAUUUUAAGUUUACUUCCAACAAAAGAUGCUGUUAAAACAAGUGUAUUGUCUAGAAGGUGGCAUUCCCAAUGGAUGUUUGUCAGAAAUCUUGACUUCGCAGAAUUUCCACCGAAUAUGAACCAGAAGAGGAAACUCUUCAUGGAUUUUGUGGAUAGAGUUAUUGCACUCCGUAAACCAUUGGAUCUCAAUCUUUUUGCAUUGGUUUGUGAAGUAUUUACUGAUGCUUCCCGCAUCAAUUCAUGGGUAUGUGCUGCAGUAAAGCACAAUGUUCAACACUUGCUUCUUGUACUAGAUCAGAUUCAUCUGGAGCCUCUUGAAUUGCCUCAUUGCCUAUUUACAUGUGAUACACUCAGGAAGGCCUUUAUAGUGGCAGACAUUUUGCUCAACCUUCCAUCUUCCAUUCACUUUUCGAAUUUGAAGUUGUUGACUCUUCAGUAUGUUGUUUUUCCUGGCUAUGAGUCCACUCAACGACUAUUUUCUGGCUUGCCUGUCCUGGAGGAGCUAACUUUGGAUAGCUGCUGCUGGUUGAAUGUUGAAAUUGUUACCAUAGCUCUUCCCAUGCUUAAGAAAUUGGAUAUAAAAGAAAAUUUAGCAGACCAGGAUAAUUGUCAGUUCUUUAUUAUUGCAGAGAACCUCAACUCCUUUUAUUACAUUGGUACACUCAGAAAUGACUAUUGGAUCUAUAACUCUGUAUCCCUCGAUUGGGGAUUAAUGGGCUUGUGCAGCACUGAUGACAUUGGAGAGAGUAGCAGACUAAGAGAAGUUGCUCAAAGAGCUGGUAGGCUUCUUAGAGGGAUCUCUUGUGCAAAAGAACUAUUGCUAACUCCUUAUGCGUUUGAGGUUCUCACAUAUUCUGAAUAUUUAUGUGCCUGCAUGCCUGUAUUAUACAAAGUGACAUAUCUUGGAUUUCUUUCACCCGGAACGGCGAUAAAUUUUGGUUGUAGAGCACUAGCAAAGUUCCUUGAGAAAUUACCAUGUCUUGAAUUACUCGUUUUCCAAUCUGGCGUCUGUUUGUCUGGGAAUCAUGAAGAAGGAAGUUGGAUACUGGAUCCCGUACCUUCUUGUUUCUCAAGAUAUCUCAAGUUGAUUAGGAUAAGUCAAUUCUGUGGAACAGAUGGGGAACUGCAAGUAGUGAAGAGUUUGCUUAAACAUGCUGAAAUUUUACUACAAAUGGAUAUAAUAUGUCAUCAUGAGAAAUUUUCUGACGGUUUGGCAAGGGAAAGGGAUGUUCUUGAAAAAUUACAAAUGCUUCCUAGAGCCUCCACUUACUGCACAAUCAAUAUUUCUUGAACUAUUGUAUGGUGGUCCUUAUGGAAAUUGAGUUUUACGGCAGAAGAGAUUUACCCUACCAUUUAUGUUUUUUGUGGAUUUAGACUUUGGUCGCUGAAAGGAGACGGAAGGUAUACAAAGUUGGUAGUUGCAACCCGAAAGAUAUUAAGCUAGGUUCUUUACUUCUUAGUAAGUCCGCUAUAGAUUUCUGAAAGCAUUUACUUCUAUUGUAAUUUUGGAUCAAUUAUAUUUGAUCUGUCUAGUCUUGGAUAUAAUAGUGUAAAAAUCGUGCCUUGUUGACAAGGUUUUUUUUGUUGGCUAGGAGAUCUUUUGUAACCUGUAUGGAUCCUCACUGAAAAUUUCUAGUUGGAGAUACA